GUACUUGUGAACACUUGUCUGUAAAAUAAUGACUCUCAGAUCAAAAAAGUGAAUUUUAAUUUUUAAAAAAUGGAUAAUCAGAGUUUUACAAAAACUGUUAUUAUACAAUAUGCAGCUGUUAUAACCGCUGCCUUAAUAUCAGCAGGCUACGGUGCAACAAUUUCUUGGACAUCGCCAGCUUUACCAUAUUUGACAAGUGAAAAACGUGACGUUCCUCUAACAGUGCAACAAUUUGAUUUAAUAUCAUCUUUAUCGAAUUUAGGAUGUUCAUUUGGAUUCAUAAUAAAUCCAUAUGUCUUAAAGUAUAUAAGUAAAAAAACAACAAUGUUACUGUACGUCAUACCGCAAGUUACCUCCUGGUUACUUCUAGUUUUAAGUGAAAAAGAACUCAUCAUCUGUAUAGGAAGAUUUAUCGGCGGAAUUUCUUAUGCAGGUGGACUUUGCACCAUGACCGAAUACAUUUUAGGUGUAAGCAAUUUCGGUAAUCGUAACAUACUUUUUACAAUUAAUACUUUUAUAAUGAGUUUUGGUACUUUAAUGCCAAUUUUGUACGGCUCAUGUUUAUCUUAUCAUCACAUGAAUAUUGCCCUACUAAUGACGCCAAUUGUAUUUUUUGGCAUUUUCUUAUUCAUUCCCGAGUCGAUAUUUUUUUUCGCAAUGAACAGAAGGAAGGAGGAAAUUAUUAGAUCUUUUUCUCAAGAGUCUACGAUUGAGGCAAAAAAACCGAGACAACAUGGGUUUGAAGCAUUAGCAGAAGGUGGAGAACAAGGUACAAAUGGUCGUGUAUCAAAAGCUGGAGGAAUUGGAGCAAGGACGAAUUUUCAAUUUAGUACAGAGCAGAAGAAAGAAAUUGAUAAUUGUGACAUACGUAUUGGCAAAAGGGAAUCAAGGAGUAGAGUUGAUGAUGGUAAAAAUACUAAAGAGGAUGGUCUGAAAACCACUAAAGAUGAUAGUGUCAAAAACACUAAAGAUAGUGGUGAAGAAACUACUAAAGAUUAUGGUAGCAAUACCAUUAAAGAUGAUGAUGGCAAAAACACUAAAGAUGAUGGUGCAAAAACCACUAAGGAUGAUGGUAGCAAAAACACUAAAGAUGAUGGUGGCAAAACCACUAAAGAUGAUGAUGGCAAAAACACUAAAAAUGAUGGUGCAAAAACCACUAAAAAUGAUAGUGUUAUCAACUCUAAAAAUAAUGGUGGCAACAGCACUAAAGAUGUUGAUAGCAAAAACACUAAAGAAGCACUUACAAUCAUUAACAUUCCCUCCGGAGCAGAAAACACGACAACUUCCACCUCGAAUUUUGAAAAAUCAAACCAAAAUGCUCCCCACCGUAGAGAAUCACCAUUUAUAACAAUAAUCAAUCAAAAAAAAUUCAACAUCAAAGAAACAAACUUCUGGAAACUGAUAGCACAUCCAAAUAAUCGACGAUCAAUUCUAAUAAUAAUUUGCUUAAACGCCGCCGACAUAUUCUCAGGUCACUAUCCCCUUACAUCAUACACCGAACAAUUUCUAACACAUCGCAAUGCAGUCCUACCACCCGAUAAAGCAUCACUUCUUCUAUCAUUCAUCCGACUAUUUGCAAUAUUAUUAAGUACAAAAAUUGUCGAAAAAAUUGGCAAACGAAAUAUUAUUCUCUACGGUGGAAUUAUUGGUUCAAUAUCACUGAUUUUAGUUGCAAUAUUUUUCUAUCUACACAAUAGAAAUUAUGAUAUAUCAUCGAUUGGUUGGUUCCCUAUAUUUUUUUUCACUCUAUUCGAUGUGGCAAAUUCAAUUAGCGUGAGCAAUACAAUUUUUUUAUUUCAAGCCGAAUUAUUUGAUGAUAAUGUUAAAAGUUUAGGUAUUAGUGUAACAAGUCUUAUUUACGUAAUAAUGGGAUAUUUGUCAUUAGUUAAAUUUCAAACAUUAUUGAAUUUACUCGGUAUAACUGUGAUAAUAUGUUUUUUUGCUGUUUGCACUAUUUUAUUUCCAGUUAUUAUGUUUUAUAUAACACCCGAAACAAAUGGCAAGUCUGUUGAUGAAAUACAAAUUGAACUGAAAAAAAUAACAUAUUCAAAAAUGCACUUAAAAAAUUUAGAAACAUUUCAAGAAACAGUUCACCCUAAGAAGCAGUUCAAAAUUAUAUGAAAGAUAAACAUAAUAUUCAAAAAUAGGUCAGAAGGCCUUAGAUUUUUUUUAAACUUUAAAGGUCUAAAUUCAGGGGUAAU